CGCGCUAUCAUCCUACUUUUUUCUAUAUAUUUUUACCACUAGUACACAAAAAAAUAAACAAAUAUGAACAUGCUUGCUGCCAUUGCCGUCUUUGCCGCCUCGACGGUUGUCUCCGCGUACCCAAUUUAUGGGUACUAUCCGGGGUAUGGAGGCGUUUCCCAGUCCUCAUAUCACAACUCAGGGGCGUAUGACAAUGGGGCCAGUACUAGCGCUUCUCCGUAUAGCUCAAACUCCAACUCUUGGAACAGCGGAUUUGCUGCAAAACAAAGCAGCAAUACAACCCCGUACGGUAAUUCCGGAAGCUCUUCGUAUAACCAGUGGAACAGCAACGCUUACUCCAACCAAUACGGCGGCUACCCCAGGUACUGGUAGAUCUAGGGUUUUUGAAUCAAUAUAGUUUUUAUACAUGAUAUAUGACUAAAUCAUCAAUCGAGACAUUUUUUACAUUGAAAAUUUGUAACUGAAAA